AUGACUUCCAAAGCAGAGCGCUUUGCCGCACUGCUGGGCACUUCGCCCAACACUUCUUCUUCUGCUAAUGGCACAGCGCACAAUUUCUGCGAGACUGCUCCCACGGGCAUGCAAUUCGUGCCCAUCAACGCCGUCUCCAAAUUUCCUUACAAGUACAUGAAGAGAUCACAGAGCGAGCCUGUCUCCAUCCAGUUCUUUGCCGGCGGCAAAUUCUGGGGGCGCGAUUGGGAUCUAUGGUACAUUCACUCACCUUACUUCCAAUCUGAAAGGCCCACCAUCUUCGUACCUCUUGCACAGUUCAAGCAGUUGCUUUGGGAAAUUGAUAGUACCUACCCGAGCUUUGCUGUUCGCAUGCCCAACGAUCCCGAAGGUACUCUUGUCUUUCCUUUCGAGUACAGUGAGCACAGACUCCUCAGACCUCACUUCUUGGGUAAGUCAUCAAACAAGGAUGACUUUGAUCGGCUCAGCAGCAGUGCUCCUCACUUCGGCCGUCUUGCUGAAGACGAAAAUGAGCCUGUGCCUGAGCAUAUCUCGUACUUCCGCCAAGAUAUGGACGCUGCCGUUGAUGCAGGAAAGAACAAAGGCAGAUCAAAGGCCGCAAAGGAAGCAAAGCAGGAAGCACGUGCCCUCCAGCAGUAUAACAUGCGCCGCCAGGUCGGACGUACUCAAGUCUCGCUCGGUCUUUCUCCAGCAUCAUCAGAUGACCCUAAUCUCGAUGUCAUCUACAUCGCGGUCGAUGUCGAGUCCUACGAACGCAACCACAACAUAAUCACCGAAAUUGACUUUGCUACCCUUGACACCCGCGAUGUCAAGGGUGUUCUCCACGGCGAGGCUGGCAAGGACUGGCACAAGUUUAUCCGCGCUCGCCACUUCCGCAUCAACGAGUACAAGCACUAUGUAAAUUCUGAGUUUGUCCGCGGCUGUCCGGACCAAUUCGAGUUUGGCGAAAGCGAGUUUGUCAACUUGAAGGACGUCCCUCGUAUGGUAGCUUCCUGCUUUAAGUACCCCUACAGCGCAAAGGAUGCCAAAAACACCACAGAAGAUGACGGAGAAAAGCGCAACAUCAUCUUCCUCGGUCAUGACACCAAGCAGGACGUUGCAUACCUUCACAAACUUGGCUACGAUCCCAAAAAUUUGGCCAACCUGCUCGAGUUCCAGGACACGGCUGCUAUGUGGCGCGCUAUCACCGGUGAGCAGUCUAUUCGUGGUCUGGCUCAUAUCAUGUAUGCGCUUGAGCUUGAGUCCUGGAACACUCACAAUGCCGGCAAUGAUGCUGUCUACACUGUGCACGCCAUGAUCGGUAUGUGCAUCAAGGAUUUGCAGAAGAAGGCUUCCGAUGAGGAUGACGAAGGUGGUGUGAGUUUGCUGCCUGAGAAGAAAAUGGAUGUCGAAAAGGAGGUCAAGAAGAUCACCAAGAAGUUCGUCGAGUGGGACAUGUGA